AUGAAUUCCACACCUGAGGACACUAAUGUGACCGUACCUGUGAACCAAGAAACGCUGGCUAUAGGCAUCAGCAGGAAUGUGAUUGUUGUGGUCCUCGGCAUCACCAUCAAAUACAUCAAUGCCACUAUGGUCCACACAUUCAACAGCCAUCAUAUCUUCAAGAUGAAUCCGCGCUUUAUUCUUUUCAUCCAUCUGGUGCUUAAUGACAUAAUCCAAAUGACAACCAGCAUUUUGCUCUUUGUCGUAUCCUAUGUCUUUCAAACCAUCUACGUCUCUGUCUGUGUACUUCUCAUCGUUCCAGCUAUAUUGAGCACUUUAAACACUCCUCUGAAUUUAGCUUUCAUGGCAGCAGAGUGCUACAUAGCUGUCUGCAUUCCCCUCCGCUACAACUACAUAUGCACGGUCAGAAGAACAUAUAUUGUGAUUGGUGUAAUCUGGGCUACAAGUUCACUUUCUGUCCUGCCAGAUAUAGUUAUCCUUUUGGCCACUGAACCUCUGCAGUUCUUAAAUUCACGAUUGUUUUGUUUAAGGGAUUCUGUGUUUAGGAACCCCUACAGUUUAAAGAAGAGAGAUGCAACCCACAUAUUGUUCCUGGUAGUGGUUUGGAUCACUCUGUUCUACGUUUACUUUAGGAUUCUCUUUGCAGCCAAAGCUGUUAAAGCAGAUAGCAAAAAGGCCAGAAACACCAUCGUGCUCCAUGGCUUUCAGGUGCUGCUUUGUAUGAUGGUUUAUGUACAACCUAUGUUAAGCCAAGCCCUCACACGCCUGUUCCCAGCUGGUGUGGCAUCUGUAAACUUUGCUUUAUUCAUCAUAAAUCAAAUUCUUCCACGCGUGAUUAAUCCUAUUGUUUAUGGCCUACGUGACAAGACAUUUAGGCAGUGCUUUACACGCUACCUGUGUACUAUGAACAUCUACUCAAAGAGAACAACAAAUGUAGUCUUUAUUAACAUGCAAAAACAAGCAGCAGUUUCUGUUGUAUAG